AUGUUUUCCUACACAUCACGCUCCCUAUUUGGGGUGAGCAAGCACCUCAAGGUGUCGGUGCCAUUCCGCGCUCUAUCAACUCCAAGCCAACCGACUCCGGAACAAAACAACAUACCCAGUCAAGAUCCCACAGAGACUUCUACACCACCAGCCCCCGCACACGCAGCUCCCACUUCCUCUGCGGCCUCAACGCCCGCAGACGCCGCCCCGGCUCCAGCCCCCGUGGCACCGAUCGAAGCCGAAAAAUACUCCGCACCGGGCGUGAAAGAGUGGUCUGAACGGUUAGGGGCAUUCGACGAGGAGAACCGUCUUCCCCGAAGCGUGCAAGCGAUAUACCUACGACCCUUGCGGAGGAAGGCGGAACACGGUCUUCCAGUCUGCAACCUCCAACUGCGAUCCUACAGCGUCCGCAACGUGGAAUUCUUCGCGGACUUCGCCAUCCGCGCCGCUUACUACCUCAACCUCCCUGUGUCUGGGCCUGUGCCUCUCCCUCGCAUCACCGAACGCUGGACCGUCCCCCGAAGCAACUUCGUGCACAAGAAGAGCCAGGAGAACUUUGAACGAAUUACUCUUCGCCGUCUCAUUCAGAUCAAGGAUGGAAACCCCCGAUCCGUGCAAGCUUGGCUUGCUUUCCUUCGCAAACACGCAUUCUACGGUGUUGGUAUGAAGGCGAAUGUCUGGGAGCACGAUAGCCUUGGUAUGAUUGCACCCUUUUUCUGCAUCGCUUCCACCAUUGCGAUACUAACCUCAUUCCCAUAG